AUUUCCGUUAUUUCGAUAUAUAUUUCAACACAGUGCGCGGGGGUUCAGUCAAUCGUUUUUUAAAAAGUUAUUUACUUCAAAAAGAAAAUAUGAAAAUAAUCGGUUCAAAAUUUGAAUUUUUCAUUUUAUUAGUUAUUAUCCACUUUGUUCAAAGUCAGCCAACGACGGAAUAUGAGGUAAUGCAUUCUGAAAGAGACGAUUUCGUGGAAGGAGCAGAUCAUCGAUGGAAUCUCCUACUUGCCCAGGAAAGAGAAGCGUUUUCUGAAGCUGAAAUUCUGGGAAUCAAAAGAACUCUUCAUGAAUUCCAAGAAGAGAAAAAAAUCCUAGAAGAGAGAAUAAGUAAACUGGAGGCCACAAACAAUGAGUUGCAAUUAACGGUUUCUCGCAUAAACGAGACGUCACUACCGCCCAUUCAAGGUCCUCCCGGUCCUCCAGGCAAUACAGGUCUCCCUGGUAUACCAGGUACAAAAGGUCCAAAGGGGGACAGAGGGCCCCGAGGAGAACCUGGCCCUCAUGGUAACCCUGGAGAGACGGGGCCCCAGGGGUCACCGGGUGUGCGAGGGGCCCCUGGACUUCCAGGUUCUCCUGGAUUGAACGGAUCCAAGGGUUCCGGAGGGGAACGUGGUGCCCCGGGUUCACCAGGACAUCCUGGUCCGAAGGGAAGCCCCGGGAAGCCAGGACCAAAGGGUAACCGCGGAGAUACGGGUGGUGAGGGGCCACCGGGUGGCACUGGGCCGGGUGGACCCCGUGGAGAAGCCGGUAGUCCUGGACUAAAAGGUGAUAAGGGAGAGAACGGUGGUCAAGGAAUAAAAGGGCAGCGAGGGUUACCUGGAUUAACUGGCCUGCCAGGAGCACAGGGUGUAAAAGGAGACGCCGGAUCGAGAGGACCGACAGGUUUUCCAGGUGUACAUGGUCCAAAAGGAUCAAAAGGAGACACUGGAGAUAUUGGAUUGCCGGGGAAAAAGGGUGAACCUGGCAUUAGAGGAACUAGGGGACAGAAAGGGGAACGAGGUAUCCCAGGCCCCGCAGGUCCACAAGGUAACCAAGGUGACAAAGGAAUGAAGGGGGUCAAAGGAGCCAUGGGUCCGCAAGGCCCCAAAGGACAAACUGGGAGGUCAGGCACCAUGAGCAAGGGCAUCAAAGGAGAGGCUGGACCUCCUGGUAGACGGGGAAUGAAAGGCGAAACGGGCCCAAUCGGACCAAACGGAAUCCCAGGGCGCCCAGGACCUGCAGGUGCCAAAGGAUCAAAGGGCGUUAAAGGGCAGCAAGGGUCAGCAGGACUAAAGGGUGAACGCGGAGUUGCAGGCGCUCCAGGCCAGGCAGGGUCUACGGGUGCCAGAGGACCAAAAGGUCAGAAAGGUCAAAACGGUUCUCCUGGUCCACGUGGUUUGAAAGGGACACCUGGAAUACAGGGCCCUAGAGGACCACAAGGUCCACAGGGUUCACAGGGACCAAAAGGGGCGCCCGGAGCGAGAGGACCCAAAGGUGAAACGGGUGCGAAAGGAAGUCUUGGACACCGUGGCCCUUCCGGACCAAAAGGCCUCCCAGGUGCAGUAGGGUCGAAAGGGAGCCCAGGCCCUCGUGGGCUGUCAGGAGCAGCAGGGCUAAAAGGAGCAAAAGGGGCCUCCGGUCCAAGAGGUUUGAAAGGGGCAAAUGGUUCGAAGGGGAAUCAAGGACCACGUGGAAUGCCUGGUCCUAAAGGAGUUAAGGGUUCCGCAGGAGCCAGGGGCAGUACCGGGGCAAAAGGACAGAAAGGUCAGCCUGGUGCUCGUGGUCUUCAAGGAUUGCGUGGGUCACCGGGGCCUCGGGGACCUGCUGGUCCUACAGGGGCAACUGGACCAAAAGGUCUCAAAGGAGAGCGUGGAUCAGGGUCGACUCGAGUUGUCCGUCUGGUCGGUGGCAGAGCAUCCUACCAGGGUCGAGUUGAAAUCUACCACAACGGCCGAUGGGGGAGCGUGUGUGACGAUAACUUUAGUGCCGUAGACGCCAAAGUGGUCUGUAGGGAACUAGGCCUCCCUUACGGCAGAGUGACAGUUCAGAACUCUGCGCACUACGGAAGCAGCAGCGGACCAAUUUGGCUGGAUGACGUCAACUGCAGAGGCACGGAGUCCGUCAAAAGAGAGAUCGCCAACGAGAGUAUUUCAUUCGAGCAACGAAUGCAGCAGCUGGAGGCAAGAAUUAAAGCCUUGGAAUUAGAGGUUUCUCGGUUUACUGAGACUGCACAGUUACCAGUAAGAAGUCCUCCGGGCUUUCCGGGAUCAUCGGAGAUCCCUAGGAUUCCUGGCACUAAUGGCAUUCCUGGCCCGCCCGGAAACGGAGAAAAGGGCAACCCUGGAUGGCUAGGUCCGGAAGGGGAAAUAGAGAUGAUAGGAGGGAGAAGCAUAAUGGAGUCGGCUGGACUCACCGGAGAACUCGACGGAUGUGGAUGUAAGGGCGAAAAAGGAGAGGUGGGGGCUCCAGGCAUUCGAGGUCCAGUAGGCUCCAUUGGAUUUCCUGGUCCCCGAGGUUUACCUGGCCUUAGAGGUCCACCUGGUCCCCCUGGUCCCCCGGGCGCCGACUGCGUUCAUGAAGAUAGCUACACUAUACACGAUGUAGCACCUCGCUAUAGCCCAACAGAGCAAUCAGAAAAUCCCAAGCAGGAAUGGCGUCUCCGUUUGGUAAAUGGAAGAACGCCAUACCGGGGGCGUGUUGAAAUCUUAGUGGAUGGCCAGUGGGGUACCGUGUGCGAUAAUAACUUUAAUAUCAAUGCCGCCAGGGUAGUUUGCAAGCAGCUCAACCUCCCUCAUUCUAGCCCAGCUGUCCAAGUUGGUGCCCACUAUGGUGCGGGCGAGGGGCCUGUUUGGAUACAAAAUGUCUCCUGCAACGGCACAGAGGCCAGAUUGGAUCUGUGCCGACACAGUGUGCGUGGUAGUGUCUCCUGCUCCCACCAGAGGGACGUGGGGGUUACCUACUUGUAA